AUGAAGAAACCAUCCUCUGCCCUGCACACCAUUGUUCUCCCCUCCACAGCGGGAGAGCAACAUGUCUCCCCACAAGAUAGUGAUGCGGCGACCCGCCAAGCCCUCGUCAAUACGCUCCGCUCUAACAUGCUCAAAUGCAGUCCUCCCGAAACCUGGGGAGCUGGCGAUAUCUACGAAACAUGUUCUCCGCAUCCAGUCCUCAUCACACCCGCUCACAAGAAACAGCUGGAAAGCUUAAGUGGGGCGUUAGCUACAGCGAUUUUCGACAUCGUAGACCGAUGGUGGAGCGAUGCUGAAUCGAGAUUUCCAGAGCGCAUGCCAGUUGAGCCUUUUGAGGAGGAUUUGCUACGGUGGAUGGACUCCCAACCAGAAAGUGUAAUUCGCCCCUUUGAAACCUGCACGGGAUCAUGGCGACCAGAUAUGCUGCUCGAGCCAGGAGUCAACGGGGGAAUUGAGAAUUAUCGCAUCUGCGAAAUCAACGCUCGUUUUUGUAUGAAUGGGUUUCUAGUCACUGCCUAUGGACAGCAGGCACUGCUUGAUAUGGGCGUUGGGCGGAACGGACUCAAGGGCGUGACAGAUCCAGAGACGGUUAGUCCGUACUAUCUCCAUGAAGAGCAAGAGCUAACGAAACAGGUGAAAAAUGGACUCAAUAGUCUUUACAAUCCCAGUCUACCGCUGCACUUCUGUAAGGGUGAGGAACCUGGGUAUGAUAUCCAUCUUUACCGCCACUACGCGAAAUCGCUCGGGAUUGAGAUGCGGCUCAUUGAUCCGACUGAUCUGCGUUUACUCAAGUCUCUUACUUCGCCUGGUGGGCACAAAUUGUACUGCCUUGCGCGGGAGAAUGCUGCCGGUACCGUCACCAACGAUGACGGUGAAACCCUCGAGGAAGUUCACCAGAUCGGUCUGGAACUUCACCAGAGGGAGCUGGCGAGAAUGACGCCCCAAAUGCUGCAGCAGCUCAGCAUGCGAUGCUUCAACGAUAUGCGCACUAUCUUCCUUGUCCACGACAAGCGGUUACUCGGCAUCAUCAUUGAAGAACUCGACAAUCUAGUCGCGCGCAACGUGCUCACCGGGGAACAAGCCACCGUUCUCCACAAAGGAAUAGUUCCAACCAUCACCCCAGGCUCACCACAACUCUCCCAAUUUAUCGGAGAAUGUCGCAAUCCCUCCCUCAAAGACGCCUACAUCCUCAAACCCGUCCGCAGCGGCAAGGGAGCCGGGAUCCUCUUUGGAGACCAACUUGACCAGGAUGAAUGGCUAUCGAAAGUGGAGGCUAUGCGGAACCCCAAUCUGCAGUCUGGAAAGACUACCUAUGUGAUACAGCGGCGCGUCGAACACAGUCUCUACGAGGUACUCCUGCGCGAGUGUGACGGUGUGCAGCGCUACCCACUCAUCGGUACUUUUAUGAUGAUCUAUGGCAAGCUCCUGGGCCUCGGGCUAUGGAGAAGCGGCCCAGGGCGGAUCUGUGCGCUAAGUCUGGGUGGCGGCUGGAUCUGUUCAGUUGAGGAAUAG